UUAUUCUGGUAUUACUUUCAUACAAUCUUUGACAGUCCGCGAGUGCAGGAUCGAUCGGUAUCAUGUUCCUUGCAACACCUCUCAUUCUCGGUGUUUUAAUCUCCAUUUUUAAAGCAGAUGCUGCAAAUAUUCUAGCGAUUUAUCCAUGGCCAGCUUAUAGUCAUCAGGUGGUGCACAAUCAGCUGACCGUUGCCCUGGCCAAACGCGGACACCAGAUGACGGUUUUCACACCAAAACCGAUGAACAAACAUAUACCAAACUACACAGAGCACUCAUUGAGUCAUCUCUCUAAUAUAUUCCGGGGAAAUCUGAAUUAUGUACAAAGUGGAAAGAAAGGAACGAUGUUCCAUUUUCCGAUGUUGAUGGAUCUAACAGCGAUCCUCGCCGACGAGAUAUGGUCGAAUGAGCACCUGAAAGAGUACAUAUCACCGAAUUCCACUAAAAAAUUUGAUCUUUUAAUCUCCGCAACAGCUCACACUGACUCGCUUUAUUACCUCUCUCAUUUACUGAAGACACCACUGAUUAUUGUCUCUACAGGUCCAGCAUAUGCAUUCAAUCUUUUUGAAUCAGGUACUCCCACACUUCCGUCAUCUUUUCCGGAUGUGAUGUUGGGGUUCACUGAUAAAAUGAAUUUCUGGGAGAGAAUUGCGAAUCUGAUCCAAGUGAUUCGCCAGUGGCACGGCUUCUACUACGUAGCAGUGCGGGCCCAAGAAAAGGUUCUCAGAAAACAUUUUGGUGAUAACGUUCCAUCGAUAGACGAGCUCAGACAAGGUAUCACCUUGUUGCUCCAGAAUACCCAUCCCCUCCUGCAUUAUCCGCGCCCCAUGACACCUAAUGUCGUGCAAAUUGCGGGACUCAGGAUGGGAGUAAUGAACAAAACUCUACCUGAGCCAUUGAAGUCAAUCCUAGAUGACGCCAACGAGGGGUUCAUAUACUUCAGCCUGGGUUCCAAUAUCAACAGUACCGAUCUCGGACCGGAAAUGAUAGAACAGAUCGUCAGUGUCUUCGCGGAACUUCCGUACAAAGUCCUCUGGAAAUUCGAUGCCGAUUCACUUAUCCAUCAUCCAAAGAACGUAAUAAUUCACAAAUGGAUUCCCCAAUUUGCAGUAUUAGCCCACCCCAACAUCAAAUUAUUUAUUUAUCAAGGAGGACUGCAGAGUACUGAAGAAGCCAUUGAAAAUAGUGUUCCACUCCUGGGGAUUCCCAUAAUUUUCGAUCAAGCCUUUAACGUUGAGGCGCUGAAGCGAAAAGGAGUCGCCGAAUCAGUGGAUUUAUAUACGAUGACUAGAAAGGAGUUCAGAGAAAAAAUCUAUCAACUCAUAUUAAAUCCGAAGUACAAGGAGAAUAUGAAAAAACUCUGGGCCUUAUUUAGCCACAGAAUGCAUCAUCCGCUGGAGGAAGCCGUUUGGUGGUGCGAAUAUGUGAUAAAACAUAAAGGCGCUCCUUACCUCCAAUCGCCGAGACUUCCUUGGUACAAAUACCACAUGAUUGAUAUUUAUAUUUUCUUCGUCACUAUUCUUUUGAUUAUAUAUCAUCUGUGUCGAUGGCUUCUGCGUGUUGUCAUCAGUCAUUUUCGAAAUCGUUUCGGUUCGAGCGAAAGCGAUUCUUCCAAGUCCAAGAAAUUGAAAAGUUCGUAAUUUUGUAGAGAAGAAUAGACAGAAUAAUUAUGGAGGUGUGUCAAUAUUUUUGAAGAUCCAGAACGGAGAUUCUUCGGUUGCUCUGGAAGUGUGAGAACGUUGAAUAAAUCAUUUACACCAGA